CCAUGCGUUGGUUUUAAAUACAGUGUUUUUACGAUUACGACGAUUGCGGUAAAACACUAUAUAAAUACGACGAAGCAACAAUACAGCACUGUUUAGGACACAUUUCCAGCUCUCUCUCCCUCUGUGUGUGUGUGUUGCACGGUGUGCAGGCUACCCAGAAGUGAACAAAGCGACCCGGAAGCGGUGGUCGUGUCGGAGGCUGGCAGAAAGAACAUCAACCUUUUAUAUUAUAGCUCUUCUGGAAAGAGAACAUCUGCAAUCACGACUCCCUCAGGAUGGCGGAACCCCGGUUCAACAACCCAUACUUCUGGCCUCCUCCUCCCUCCAUGCCCAGCCAGCUGGAUAACCUGGUGCUCAUCAACAAGAUCAAGGAGCAGCUGAUGGCCGAGAAGAUCCGCCCGCUCCACCUGCCCCCGACGUCCAGCUCCUCCCAGCAGCCCCUGAUGAUGGCCUCCUCGCCCUCCGACGGAGGGGGUGGUGGUGGCGGUGGUGGUGGCGGUGGCGGUGGUGGUGGUGGUGGCGGCGGCGGCGGGAUCCAGCAUGGCAUGCAGGUGCCCAAGCUUCAGCCCCACCAAGUACAAGGCCACCACCCCUCCCAGCCCCAGUCCCAGGUGGGCUCCGGGCAGCCCGACAUCGCCCUGCACGCACGCCCCCCCUCCAGCUCUGGACCAGGUACGGUGGGGGCGUCGGCACAUUGGAUCUAUCAGAAUCUGAGUCCUAACUUGUUAGACGCAAACAUGGACAACAUGUCAGCAGUGAAGGCCAAAGGAUUGUGGGAAGACUGGCACAUGAGGCAGAUUGGUCUGGCCCCCUCGUCGCGACCCGAGAACCACGGCACCUCGGAGGCCCUCACCCCCACCACGCCCACCUCCAGCGGCCAGAACCGCAUGGGCGGGGCCCCUGGCGUCAACAUCCUCUCCGGGCUGGCCAGCGGCCCCGGCAUGGACCACAUGAAGGCGGGGGGCCUGGCGGGGCUCCUGGGACCCCCGCCCAAGGCCCCCCGGGGCCGGAAGAAGAUCAAGGCGGAGAACCAGUCGGGCCCCCUGCUGGUGGUGCCGUACCCCAUCAUGGCGGACCAGGGCUGCGUCACCAUCGCCCCCAAAGAGGGCAAGACAUACAGGUGUAAGGUGUGCCCGCUCACCUUCUUCACCAAGUCGGAGAUGCAGAUCCACUCCAAGUCCCACACAGAGGCCAAGCCCCACAAGUGUCCCCACUGCUCCAAGUCCUUCGCCAACGCCUCGUACCUGGCCCAGCACCUGCGCAUCCACCUGGGCAUCAAGCCCUACCACUGCUCCUACUGCGAGAACUCCUUCCGCCAGCUGUCGCACCUGCAGCAGCACACCAGAAUCCACACUGGUGACCGGCCGUACAAAUGUGCCCAUCCGGGAUGUGAAAAGGCCUUUACCCAGCUCUCGAACCUCCAGUCCCACCAGAGACAGCACAACAAAGACAAGCCGUACAAAUGUCCCAACUGUUACCGGGCCUACUCGGACUCCGCCUCACUCCAGAUCCACCUUUCAGCGCACGCCAUCAAGAACGCUAAGGCCUACUGCUGUAGCAUGUGUGGGCGCGCCUACACCUCAGAGACCUACCUAAUGAAGCACAUGUCCAAACACACGGUGGUGGAGCACCUGGUGAGCCACCAGUCUCCCCAGAGAACUGAGUCCCCCAACAUCCCCAUCCGCAUCUCCCUCAUCUAAGCCCCGCCCCCAGGACCCUGGGACCCAGCAGCAGACACGGUAUGAUGACGAUGAUGAUGACGAAGACGACGAUGAUGGUUCGUAGUCCAUAGGCCUGGAGAGAGAGUGGGGCCCUAUACCCUGCACACGUGGCCCUCAACAUUAGGUCUACCUAUGCUAUGAACACCCGACAUGAGUAUGGGAGGAGGGGGGAGCCUGUACACGGACGACCUCUGACCUCCCCGCCACCCCUGUCUGUGACAUAGGUCAUCUGCUGAAGCGAUACUCGGCAGCACACGUUGCUUUGUUUUGUUAGUAUUCUUUUGAUUUUGUUCCCUUCCCCCGUUUGACGAAUGUAACGAUUGAGCUCCAUCAGUGUGACGAAACUAGUGGUUCGGACUAGUGCGACGAACUAGGGGAACGAAGCGGGCCGAGAAUGUCUGGCGUCAGAUUCAGUCCGCACCUUGGUAGGCGUUAUGUUCGCUACCGGAUGCAUCAGCCCCUUUCAGUUUUAAUGUCCUCGUUUGUUUUAUUUCUUUCAAUUCCAUGAAAUGGGUUUCGAAAAAAAACGUGCCAGAUGAAAUUAGCCCUUAUAAAGAAAUUGAGAAAUAUACUUUUUUUGAAUGAGUUUGUUGGGUGUACUCUGUUCACAUCCAAAGAUAAUCCUUAAGCACUUUUAGGCCUUGCGGUUACGGGCUCAUGUUGUCUUGGAGAAAGGAGAGCCAAAAUGGCAUCACUUUGGGCAGCUAGGAGUACGGACCAUGUCCAGACCAACAGUCGUUCCCAUUACUGUUUAUUUGUUCUUUUUCAUAUCGCGCAUAUAUAUAUAUAUAUAUAUAUAUAUAUAUAUAUAUACACGUUUACAGGGUCAGAUCCACCUCCAUUAAAAGAAGGGCAAUCGGUAGGAGACAAUUCAAAAGACUUGCCCAGACUGAUGAUCAGCCAAGUCUUUCUGUUGGGUCCAGCAGGGCAGGAUGCUUUAGCCAGCUGCCAAGACAAUAAUUUGGGUGGACUGCAGAGCUGAAGGAGCUCUUUUUGGCACAGAGGCGGAGUGUUUGAAGCAUGCUGGUUGGUUAUGCUGCAAGUUUUUUUUGGACAUAACUGAAAGAUAUGGUGAGGGAUGAAUGAAGCAUUCUUUUGAAUUGCUGGACCAAUUGAAACGACUCUAGUCUGUACGACUCUAAAUUAUAUUGAAAAAGUAUAGAAUCAAGGUUUAAAAAUACCGUCACGUAGGCGAAACAAAGUUUAAAAAUACUGUUUUCAGACUCUUCUUUUGCACCAUAUUUGAUGGUUUUAAUCUUUGCUGAAAUUCUUUGACGAUAAACAAUUCAAUUACUGUCCUUCCGUGCCAUACAAACCUUAAGGUUUUUGAGCUCAUGUAUCAAUUAUUAACUCAGAAUAUGUUGUUCAUAAAUGCUACCGACAUCUGCUUCUAAUGUGUUCUGUUGAUGCAGUGUAGUUGUAUCAACUCCAUGUUAUUUUCAACUAAAAGUUUCAACUGUUACUCGAUUGAAAUAGGCCGCUCAUUAUUUGACCAAAAUGUGAAGCUGUUAUUGUAUAACUAUUCUGUCCCAAUAGAGUAUUUUUAUACUCCGUCUAUGAAAAAUAAUGCCAAGCUUUACCCAUUUGAACUGAACAGCAGUAUAAAGGCGUAUUCUUUGGGCCUUUUUUGACAAUGUGGGCACAAGGCUUCUCCCUCGAUAGUUUUUAUUUUUAAACUUUUAGUAUUCCUUCAUUGUAUACAGUAUUGUUUGUUGUAUUUUAAUGUAACUUUUAACCUCUGGUCACUCGGGACGGUACUAAUAGGCCGAUGUGCACGAUUCCAGUUUCGGAAAGUAUAAGUCCUGCCACAUCUUUAAAAAUACCCAAGAGGACCUUUACUUUCUUAACAGGAAGUUCCAUCUCUGCUUGUAAACGGGCACCCUGUAUUCAGCAGGGGACCAAUGAAAGGUGCUAUCAGUCGAAUAAAGUUGGAGAUGGAAUUGAGAAAUAUUGAAAGGUAAAUAUACAGUAUAAAGUAUGUUUUCAAAACAAAACAAAAAAAAAAAGACAGAA